AUGAAGGAGGAACUAGUUGCUAAACAACCGAGAUUGGUCAAUCGCUCUAGGCUACUGCUGCUUCACGACAACGCAAGACCACACACUGCACAACAAACAACCACUAAGUUAGAUAAGCUACAAUUGGAAUGUCUGCGACAUCCUAUGUACUCCCCGGACCUUGAUCCAACAUAUUACCAUUUUUUCCGGAAUUUGGACAACUUCUUACAGGGAAAAAAAUUCAACUCCGAUGCGGCAGUCGAAAUCGCCUUCAAAGAGAUUAUUGAUUCUCGCUCCCCAUGGUUUUUUAGUAAAGGGAUCAAUAAACUACCUAUGAGAUGGCAAAAGUGUAUAGAUAACAACUUUGCACACUUUGAUUAA